AUCGUGUUCCCCAUUUCUGUCUCACAUUUCCUGGUCCCUCCCGCGUUCCCCAAUUCCCUCCUUCCGACCCUUGUCUCUCUCGUCUUCCCAUCCCAAAAUCCAUCUCCCCAUCUCAUUCUCCCCUGCUCUUCCGGUCUCCUGUGCGAUUUGGGCUUCCCUAUCUUCCUUUUGGCCAAAAGCUCACAACUUCUAUUGGAUCAAAAGUCGCGCCUUUCGAAGGUUCCAGGCGAGAAAUCAGGUGCUUUGGAAAGAUAAUUCGGAGCAGAGAGCUUCAUGUUGGGGGCGCAAAAGGCUUGCGUGAUAUCUUGGUGAAAAAGCUGGGCGCUUUUGCUGAUUUCCUUUGGAGAAUUCGCUUGCUUUGUGUGGGAAAACCGGAUCUUUGCGACAGAUUCUGUUUGAAAUUUGUGAAUAAGUCGACGAGCUCGAUUUGGGGUUCUGUGGUGAUCUUUGGAUUUAUAAACCAAAGAAGUUUUGCUGUCUGAUAGAAAAGUUAAGUGCUAGCAAGCUCACUUUGAAGAUCUUAAUCACCAUAGGACCUUUGGUGAAUUUCUGGUUGUUCUUUUUCACUGGACAUGUCCUUUCAAAGCAUAGUCCGUGAUUUUAGGGAGAGCUUUGGUAGCUUAUCAAGACGGAGUUUUGAGGUGAGAAUUUCAGGACUCCCUGGUCUGUCUGGUCAUCACAGAGGGAGGUCCCUAGGAUCUCUGAGUGAGCUGCGCGAUAGACCUGUAGUAGUUGAUCAAAGCAGGUGGGUUGGUCUUCCUCCUGAAUUGCUUCGUGAUGUAAUGAAAAUACUGGAGGAAGGCGAGAGCACUUGGCCAUCCCGCAAAGAUGUUGUUGCUUGUGCAGCGGUCUGCAGAACAUGGAGAGAGAUCUGCAAGGAUAUAGUGCCGAGCCCAGAGUUUUGUGGAAAGCUCACUUUUCCGGUUUCACUUAAACAGCCGGGACCUAGAGAUGGAUUAAUCCAGUGCUUUAUAAGAAGGGACAAAUCAACAUUAACAUAUUAUCUCUACCUAUGUCUUAGUCCUGCUGUGCUCAGUGAGAAUGGGAAGUUUUUGCUAGCAGCUAAGAGGAAUCGCCGUACUACAUAUACCGAGUACAUAAUUUCUGUGGAUCCUAAAAAUAUAUCACGGUCAAGUAAUGGCUAUGUUGGAAAAAUGAGGUCAAAUUUUCUCGGCACCAAAUUCAUCGUAUACGACACACAGCCGCCAUACAAUUCUGGGAGCCUUGUCUCUUGUGAGCAUGGCAGCCGUCGAAUCUCUUCUAGGAGGGUUUCCCCAAAGGUACCCACUGGUAGCUACCCCAUUGCCCGGGUGAACUAUGAGCUAAACGUGCUUGGCACAAGGGGACCCAGGCGCAUGCAUUGCACCAUGCAUUCCAUUCCAGCCUCUGCUUUGAACCCUGAAGGGGUGGUGCCUGGCCAACCCAACCAGCUCCUCCUACCUGGUUCUUCAUUCGAAGAAUUGUUUCGCGGCGCAAACACCUUCUCUAGCUCAAGGUUCUCGGUUACAGACCGCUCCUUGGACUUCAGCAGCUGUCGCUUCUCAGAGAAAAGCGGAGGGGUCCAGCAAGAUGAGGAGGAUGGCCAGGCUAAGGAGAGGCCUUUGGUUCUCCGCACCAAAGAGCCAAGGUGGCACGAGCAGCUGCAAUGCUGGUGCCUCAACUUCUGUGGUCGGGUGACCAUGGCUUCUGUGAAGAACUUCCAGUUGAUAGCUGCACCGCAGGCAGAUGUUGUGUCCUCAGAAGCGUCAGAGCCAGCUCAGCCACAAGCCCAGCCUUCGGGUUCAUCUUCAACUUCCGAUCAUGAUAAGGCAAUCCUGCAAUUUGGUAAGGUCGCCAAGGACAUGUUCACAAUGGAUUACCGGUACCCACUCUCGGCAUUCCAGGCCUUUACAAUCUGUUUGACUAGCUUUGACACCAAGUUGGCUUGCGAAUAGAUUAGAGAUAAGAACAGACAUGUAGAAUGGGAUCUUUGUGUAAUAAGUAUUUAUAUUCUGUGUGUGUGUGCUGAUGUAGUUUGUUGCUGUGUUGAUUCAUUCCGUUGUUCUCUCUAGUGUGGCUUGUCAAAAGUAAGAACCGGCAAAAAUUCUAAGAUGCGGGUGUUUGGUACAGGUUUCAUGUCUGUAACUUGUUUGUAACAGCAAAAUUGCAGGUGUUCCAAUUCCUUGA